AUGCCGGGGAAUCCCGCCCCUCUAAGGAGGGCUGCCCCAAGGAUUCUGGGGGGGGGCAAUCAACCAUUGGCGCCGAGUGGGGAGAUAAACCCCUUCGCCCGUAGAGACUCCAUCACCAGGUCACCAAUAAAGAUAAGGGACGACAUAAAUUUCGAGACGGAGACAACUAGGAGCAGAGCCAACUCUCUGCAGGAAGAUAUUGGUGAUGCCCCAUGGACAAUAGCCAACCCAAAGAAAAAACGAAAGUUUGGCACAAGUCCAGAAACGCAAGACGCAAAUAUGGGCACACAAUCGGCUGAAGAGCUGAAUACAACGAUGGAACUUAUACAAAAGCAAAUCGGGAUAUUGAGCAAGAUAGUGAAUGAAAACGAUAAUACUAAAAAAGAAAUUAAAGAAAUCAGCAGAAAGUUACAGCGCUACGGUGAGACACUCAAAAAGCCUAGGAUACGCGAAUGGAUGCAGAGACAAAAUGGAGAGAAAAUCAAUGAAACAAUGGCAACGGUAAACAUACAUGCGCAACACAUUGAAAAAGUAGAAUGCAGAGAGAUCGGAACCCAGACGAUGGACGAUGAAAUUGUGGAUGAUGAAAGCAAGAUCUCAGAAUGUGACACAUAUCAAAAAUGGGAGGAAAUGGCAAAUAAAAACUGGUCUGAAGAAGUAUAUACAAACACUGAAAUGAAAGUGGGAAGCCCCAUGGACACCAAAGACCAAACCACUAAGGUAGUCUGGGUAGGACCCACUGAACUUAACAUGGAAAAAGGAAUACAAAAGAUCUUUAGGGACAAGUUUCCGGAGCUACUAGAAAUACAAGAAGAGUUUGGCACUCUGGAGCAGGAAAACAAGAUAAAGACAUGUAACACUGGACAAACAACGAAAAGAAAAAUUGUUAAAAUAACACAUAAUGACACGGAAGAAGAGAUAUACCGAAGACUUAGUAUAUUAAAAAAAGAGGGAGAAGAUGAGCCAUGGAUUGGGACACACCAACUCGAAAACAUUGACACAGAAAGAUUUAGGAAAAUGGUGGAAGCAGCUUUCCAUGGUUCUUCAACUAAGGUGAUGAUCUAUACUAAGGAAGAGGCAAAGACUAGAGGCAAAAGAGAGGAGAGGAAAUCGUAUGCCCUAGUCGUCGAAGCUGGGGGAGAAACAUUCGCAGAAACGCUAAAAAGCGUUAAAACAUCACUUAAGGAUAUUGCAGGGAAGGAUAGUAUCCAAGGGUUUAGGAGCACGAGAGAGGGUAGGCUCCUGAUCACUAUGGAUAAGGACAAGGAUGCGGUAGAAAGAAUCCAAAAAGCCAUACAAAGCAGAAAUAGAGAUGGACAAGGAAGAGUCUGGCGACUGGAGGACGGGAGGGAUAAGGAAACCUUACACAUCAGGGGAAUAGAUGCAGUUACGGAUAUCGAAGAAGUCAAAAAGGCCCUCGGAGAAAAUCUGCAGGACCUGGGCAAUAAAGAAUAUAAGCUGAGUGAACUAAGGCCGACAAAUGAUAAUACACAGACGAUUACAUUGACUAUAAACAAGACAGAUGCGGAAACACUAAUCUUAAGGAGAACUAUCAAGAUAGGACUGCUUAUUGAAAAGUUGUCUAGUGAGUUUAAAAAAAGUGCAAGGUAUUACGAUAUCAAUUGUAUGCGUAGUAGACCUUCAUAUGUGGAUUGGUAUUAUAAUCUAGCUGAAAAACAUUAUGGUGCAGCUAGUGCUUGUAACGAGUAUUUAAUAAACAAAAAUUUGUUCAGUCUAUUGGAUAAGUUGACGAGCUUCGGAUUUGACGAGCAAAUAGCAGAUUUGAAGGAUGAUAUUGCAGAUAGAGAGUCAAGAAAAGCAGUAAGGGAUAAAUGCCAAGCGCUCAAGUUAGCUUCUUCGACCGCACAAUUGGAGAAAGCGUAUAGGCCCAUUACACAACCACUUAAAGAAUUUAUUACAAAUAUUGGGAAAGCCGAACCACUAACAUUUAAAGAGGAAGAAGAGUUUAAUCCAAAAGAGGAGUUUUCAACCCCAAAAUCUUCCUAUAAAACUUCAAUUCCAACUAGAGAAAAAACUCGAAAAAGUGGAAAGACUCCUAUUCUACCUUUUGAACAACCGUCAUUUUUUGAUAUGUCCAUAAAUCGAUUACCUUCAGCGAGGGAGGUGGCUUCAAUAAGAGAGAUGCCUUCACUAAGAGAGAUGCCUCCAAUAAGAGAAGAAGUGACAUUCGAAAGCUCACCUCAAUCAUCGACUGAAACAAUUGGAAAUUUAUCUGACAUUUUGGAACAAACAAGGCAGUCAAUACAAACCUAUGUUGGACAUCCAGUCUAUCUGGACUGGUUGAGUGAUUUUCACGAGUUACCUAGAACGUAUAUUGACAAUAGUGUAAAAGAUACAGAACAUAAAUUUGAUCACAAUUAUGGUAUUGUCCACGAUCUUGAAACAAACAAUUUUUUUUUGGGUUCUAGUCAAAUUCCUGUUAACUUGAUCAAUAAAGAUAUAAAAGUACUUGAUAUUCUUUACCCAGGCACCCCAGGGCUGUAUGAAUUAUUAUUCAAAAAAGAACCUGUGGGCUAUAAAAAAGCCGAUUUGGAUAAUUACAUGGAUAUAUUAACUCGAACUAAUGCGUACCGCAGAAAUAAUAAUCCCAAUGAACAAGUACAAGGAAACAGUUCAGUAAAAUACGUUACUAUUAUCGGACCAUAUUUAUAUAAAAAAGGAAUCACAAAAUCUAAAACAAUCAUUCCCAGACCGGUAUUUGAAAAACCUGUAGCACCUUAUAGAGCGGCUAAAAAAACGGGGGUCGCUCGAAUUGGAAAAGGUCUUAUUUUGAAACGUAAUAAAAAAAGUACAGAUUAUGUAUAUUGGGAUAAUGUUAAUGAGCUAGUAAAUCGACUUCGAAUUCUAUUAGCUUCCAAGACUGCAGGUCAUAAUGGAUAUCGAAAUGAAAUAAUAUCUAUUAUAGAAGAGUUGAAAGAAGCUAAAGUUAUACUAUAA